AUGUCAGAUGAAAGAAAUUCAGCGCUUCUUAGAUACAAAGAAAAAAUACAGUUUUGUGAGAAUGAAUUCAGGUAUGCCAGCAGAUCAUGUGAAAGAAAACCUGUCUUUGCUGUUGAUAUUCCAUACCCUUUUUUAAAAGAAUGGAACAAAGUAGUUAAUACAGAGGGCAUCACAAUGAAGUAUAUUGACCUACUAGAAGCUACAAUCCCCAGUGGUUUGUUUUUGUUCAGUGAUGAUGAGACUGUAAGGGCAGAGGUGAAUGAGAAUUUAGUAAAAAUUUCUGGUUCUGUAGUUCAGCUGUAUAAKCAUACMAAAGGAAGAGCUCGAGAGAAGCUAAAUGAAAGGAAAAGGAAAUUUCAUGUAUUUGAGGGACAAAUCAAAUCGGCAACUGAGUUAAAGGAUGAUAUAAGCAAAAUUGAAGAGAAUUUUGAACUAGAAAAAGAGAAUUUACAAGAGGAGAUUGUUGAAUGGCGAAAGCGUUAUAAAAACCUUGAAGGGGAAAAAGAAAGAUUAUUCAAAGAAAUGGAAAAAACAUUAUCACAAAAAGAAAGACUUAUAAGUGAGUUACAGGAAUCCAACCAUGAGCUGGAAGCUUAUGUUAAAAAUUGUGAAAAAUACUUAGAUAUGCCAAAGGAAUAUAAAGGAAAACACAUAUCUCAGAGUAAAAACAAGUCAAGGUCACUGAAGUCUUUUAUGUCCAAAGCUGAAGUAGCAUUGUGGUUCAGUAAGUCAUUUGGGCUGGAAAUUUCAUCACUGUAUGUGGAAGAACAAAAGACUGGUGUCAAGCAUGUUAUACAAUUACCAAACAAUGAAAAAGAGAAGAGAACUGAAAAAACUGGGGAAAAGUACAGCACUCUCAGUGACAAUGAAAGAGAAAGAAUUGAAGAAAUUGUAUAUCUACUGGAUAAAUUUUGUGUUGGUGAAUGCUUUUACCAUGAGUUAUCAAUGUUGAACAAAACACUCCCAAGGUCAUAUCUUAUAAAGCAAUGUAAAGACAAUUUAAAUGCACUUUGUCACAUUGAUAGACUUCCUGCAAACUAUGUUGGUGCUAAAGUCCACUCUGUUGAACAAAUAAUGGUACAACAUAUCAAAGAGGUCCUUACAGAGAAAGAAAACUUUGAUCCUGCUAAAGAAAAAAUUCAAAUCAAAGUGAGUGGAGAUGGUGCCAGAAUGACUAGAAAUUCUAAUUAUGUUUUGCUGUCCUUUUCUGUUCUUCAAAYAGGAGAAUCAGUCAUGUCCUCCAAAGGAAAUAGAACAAUUGCAGUUGUGAAUGGAUUUUGCCGUGAACGUCAUGCUUUUAAAAGCUCUCUUUAA